GUUGGUCGAGCCGAAAAGCAACUGAAAUAACCAGUUCAGGAUGUCCAUCCUGGAAAGGCUGGAGCAGAUGGAAAGGCGGAUGGCUGAGAUGACGGGAUCCCAGCAGCACAAACAGGGUGUUGGAGGCGGUAGCAGUGGAGGCGGCAAUGGGAGCGGGAACGGAGGAAGCCAGGCACAAUGUGCAUCUGGGACUGGGACCAUGGGGAGCUGCUUUGAGAGCCGAGUGGUGGUGGUGUGUGAAAAGAUGAUGAGUCGUGCCUGCUGGGCAAAGUCCAAGCACCUCAUCCAUUCGAAGACUUUCCGAGGAAUGACCCUCUUGCACCUGGCUGCAGCCCAGGGCUAUGCCACUCUGAUCCAAACCCUCAUCAAAUGGCGAACCAAACAUGCGGAUAGCAUUGAUUUGGAAUUGGAAGUUGACCCUUUGAAUGUGGAUCAUUUCUCGUGCACUCCUCUGAUGUGGGCAUGUGCACUGGGACACAUGGAUGCUGCUAUUGUACUAUACAAAUGGGACCGCCGAGCUAUUUCCAUUCCUGACUCACUGGGAAGGCUGCCCCUGUCAAUUGCCCGUUCCCGGGGUCAUGUGAAGUUGGCAGAAUGUCUGGAGCAGCUGCAGAGAGAUGAGCAGGUCCAGCUCGGACAGAACCCUAGAAUCCAUUGCCCUCCAAGUGGAGAAUCCAAUACAGAAAGCUGGAUAGCCCAGUGGCAUGGUGAAACCAUCGCCUCUUCGGAAUCACAAAAAGGAAUCACUGUUAUCGCAAGUACAAAUCCAGAGCUAAGAAGACCUAGGUCUGAGCCCUCUAAUUACUAUAGCAGUGAGAGCCACAAAGAUUAUCCUGCUCCCAAAAAGCAUAAGUUGAACCCUGAGUACUUCCAGCCGAGACAGGAGAAACUGCUCUCCACGGCACUGAGUCUAGAACAACCAAGUAUCAGAAAGCAGAGCCCCAGUUCCAAGCAAUGUGUCUCUGAGACAAUCAGCCCCACUGAAGGAAUAAGGGAUUAUAGCCGGGAAGUCUCCCCUCACACUCCAGAGGCUGCAGGAUUCCGAGGCUCUGGAGCUCAGCCUGGAGUAAAGUGGAACUCCAAAGACCUUUACAUUGGUGUGUCUGCAGUGCAGGUAACAGGAAGCCAGAAGGGAGCCAGCCUAGGCAAGGACCCAGCUCCACCCCGUAUUCGCCCACGAGAACAGAUGAGUGUCCUAAUGAUGGCUGACAGAGAGAUGGUAGAUGCUGAGUUGUUGUCUUACCGAGAAAAUGUCGAGAAUGAGGCUUGCUUGCAACACAUGGAUGACUUACAGGUAAAUAUGAUGACCUUGGCAGAACACAUUAUUGAGGCAACACCUGAACGGAUUAAGCGAGAGAAUUUUGUGCCCUUGGAGCCCGCAGCAGCGGAGAGGACGGAUGCUGCUGCAAUUAGCAGCACAAUGAGCUGGCUGGCCAGUUACCUUGCUGAUGUCGAUCAUCUGCCAAGUGCUGCACAGAUCAGAACUCUAUAUAAUGAGCCUCUGACCCCUUCUUCUAACACCAGCUUGAGCCCUGUAGGCUCACCAAUCAGUGAAAUGGCUUUUGAGAAACCAAGCCUUCCCUCAGCGGCAGACUGGUCUGAAUUCCUGAGUGCAUCCACCAGUGAAAAGGUAGAAAAUGAGUUUGCUCAGCUAACUCUGUCUGAUCAUGAACAGAGAGAACUCUAUGAAGCUGCCAAGCUUGUCCAGACAGCUUUCAGAAAAUACAAGGGUCGUCCCUUACAGGAACAGCAGGAAGUUGCUGCUGCUGUCAUUCAACGUUGUUACAGAAAAUACAAACAGUAUGCACUUUAUAAAAAGAUGACACAGGCUGCCAUCCUUAUCCAGAGCAAAUUCCGAAGCUAUUAUGAGCAGAAAAAAUUCCAGCAGAGCAGACGUGCUGCUGUGCUGAUCCAACAGUACUACCGGAGCUACAAGGAAUGUGGCAAAAGAAAGCAAACUCGCCGAGCAGCUGCAAUUGUACAACAGAAACUCAGGAGCAGUCUACUAACCAAGAAGCAGGAUCAAGCUGCUCGCAAGAUAAUGAGGUUUCUACGCCGCUGUCGCCACAGCCCUCUGGCGGACCAUAGGCUGUACAAAAGGAGUGAAAGAAUUGAAAAAGGCCAAGGAACUUGAAGACCCGCAGCAGCAGCAGCAGCAUCCCGUAGCAAUGUGACAUUGCUUUUCAGACUGUUUUCAUUUUCUGUUUUUAGCAGAGACAUGCAACAACAAAACAAAACACACACAAAAAAAAAAAAAAAAAAAAAAACACCACUGCAGUUUUCAGAAGCUCAACUGCAGGAUUUUAACAGUAAUGUUUUGGUCAUUGCAUUUGCACUUUCAUGGACAACUUUUAAUUUGUUCAGCAAGACAUC